AAAAUUUUUGAGCAUAAACCCAGCAAAUCCCCGAGUAAGUGCAAGCGGCCGAUAGCGUUAUCUAGUAAUUGCGCCCGUCUGAAGUAAGAGGAACUACUAGGAAAAAAUGUUGUCUGCAAGCACUGGCUCCUCUUCGCGAGCCACUAGGUCUAGCGCAUCUUCAUCUUGUCGCGCACGACCUUCGGGGGCUGUGCAGGAGGUCCAGGGUGCCUUUGAGCGCUUCUCCAAUUUACUCGCGACAUCGUCCGGUACGUCUGAAGACGAUAGAUUUCUGGACUUUUUACACGAUGUGGACGAUAACAUCGAUUACAUGCCAACGACAGGACGCCUGAUAGCAGUACGUUUGCGAAAAUCUUCAGCAACCGCGACGAAUAAUUCUGACACGACGAACACUAGUUCUUGUCAGGUGGAAAACCGAACAAGUGCAGAAAAUGGUGGGUCUCCAGAGGGCGCAUCUGUUGUUGGUGAUGUGUGUUCGUGGCACCCUAACAUGCUGAAACAUGGGAACUACGUCGUGGAUGAGAGUCAUCCAGAAUCGUCGUGGCUUGCACGAUGGAAUGCAGCGAACAGAAGUGCUGCAAGGAAGAAGAAGAGCGGAGAAAAAAUAGAUGUUGUACAUGCAGAUGCAGUAGCUGCACUGGAGCUUGACUAUGCUGAUCGCCUGCUGCUUGUAAACGGACGACCCAAAUUCACUGCAGCAUCGAAGCUUUUUGCCAUUGGAACAGCACCAGGUAGCACCUCGUACAGGGCCACCGCCCGACUCGUGUUUUGGCGGCCUGGUGAACAUGAAUCAUCGUCUUUGGUUUCUACUGGCCAUCAGCUGCAGCUUCCCGUACUCACGAGUGAAGUCUCAACUUGCAGCUGGCCUCGACAGUUGCCGUCCUCUGAUGAGGCUGGAAGCGAUUCGGCGCCCUCUCUAGCUAGCCUACUGCCAAGCGUUGUUGACGUGGACAGGCUCUUUUCACGAUCUUGGUGUGCCUCCUGCGAACAGCGCGCAGGCUUGUGUGCGGCUCUGCUGCGGAGCAUCAUGUCGACAACUAGCGUGAGCUUCAGGGAUGCCAGCAAAGUCCUCAAGAAAGAACUAGAACGAUUAGACCUACUCUGGGUCUUGAAGGAGGUGGGGCCUGACUGGAAAACAGAGAUUGAACGUCUUGCAUGCUCCUCCUCGACAAAAAAAGGAACGGAAGUGGAAGCAAGAGCUUCUGCGAUUACAACGACCAAAGUUCUUACGAAAGAAACUCUAGAACUAGAUGGAGAUGAAAACCGAGCUUGCGACACGAAAACAACGAACGAAGAUCCCUCAGAUCGAAGCACCGUGCCACCAGAAUCCCCUGUCUCCACUACAACAGACGUAGACGACCAAACGACAACAAUGAAAACCGAGAGUGCCGCGGCAGAGCAAAAAGAAGGGGAGACAUCAAAGACAUGUUCUGGAGAUGCCUCAAACUCAACGCCACCAGCAACAUCAAAUGUCGACACCUCUUCUUGUCCCAAUCCUCUUUCGCCUCCUGAAGUGCGCGUUUCAGAGAAGUUGCCGGCGCUUUACCGUUGCCGACGAUGUCGUCAGCCAUUGUUCACUGCUGCACACAUCCAGAGGCACGAGGUGGAUCCCGAAGCUGCAGCACGUGGUCGGAGUUGCACUCCGAGCUUCUUCGUGGAGCCACUAGGAUGGAUGGCACCUAUAGUGCACGCUGGAGAACAAGCAGGAAAACUAGUCUGUCCCAACGACCGGUGUAAGGCUAAGCUUGGCUCUUUUUCCUGGAUGGGGUUGAAAUGUGGCUGUGGCCACUGGCAUUCGCCUGCAUUCCAAAUUCACUGCGAUAAAUUCGAUGAAGUGUUGAGAUCAUGAUGAAUUUCAUCUGCUUAAGUGCUAGAACUCGAACAAGAUUCUCGCCCCCUAUUUAUGCAGCUCGCACCUUUGCCCAAUUGAGACACAUAAUUCAGGUCAAAGACACCAGCUUUUCUGCGACUUGAUCAUAAUCAUCUUCACAGCGGCGGAUGCUUUUUGCAACCACUGUCUUCCUUCGACCGAUAA